AAAGUGGCGCCCUCUACUCUAGCGGGAUAGAAACAAACGGGUUGACAACAAAUACAUUUUUACGACAGAAGUGGUUUUUGUGACGAGAAAUCCAUGAGAGAAAUAAGUAUAAAUUUAAAUCCUUGAGUGGAGUGAGUAAAAUCAUCAUUUUGGUGAAUAGGUUUUGAGUGAAAUUAUGAAGAGACGAAAUGCUGAGAUCGCUAAAAUGAGAAGGCCCAUGAAAAAGAACAAAAUUACUGAGGGAUUUUACGGAAGCACACUUCUCUACCUAAAGUUUGUGAUUCUAUGGGUUUUGGUAAUUUUGGCGGACUUCAUAUUAGAAUUCCGUUUCGAGUUCCUGUGGCCCUUCUACUUACUCCUCCGUUCAGUCUACGACUCAUUCAAAUAUCAAGGCUUGGCCUUCUCGAUAUUCUUCGUGUGCAUAGCGUUAACCUCAGACAUGUUGUGCUAUUUUUUCAUACCGGUGCAUUGGUUGUUUUUCGCUGCAAGUACUUAUGUCUGGGUGCAAUAUGUUUGGCACACGGACAAAGGGAUAUGUGCCCCUACGAUUAUUCUCUGGGUAUUGUUCGUCUACUUAGAGGCUGCCGUUAGGCUCAGAGAUAUUAAACACAUGCCGGGUCAUCUAGACUUGUGCAGGCCGUUCGCGGCACACUGUAUAGGCUAUCCAGUAGUGACACUCGGCUUUGGGUUUAAGUCUUAUGUCGGCUACAGGAUGCGGCAGCGGAAGCAACAAGUCGUAGCCAAAGAAAAUCUGUUUUAUAUGCAGCUGAUGCAACAGGCGCUGCCGAUAGAAACAUGUACUGCGGCUGCGGAGCAAAUAGAGCCACCCUCGAAUGCUGUUGUACCUGUACAGCCUGUGCUGAAUAGUAAUAAACUACAUAAUAAUAGGCAAUCCCAUGAAAAGAAUGGUCACAUACCAAAUGGUGCCAUAGCAAAUGGGGUCCAUAACACGAACACACACAACACAAAAUCACAUCACAGAAAAUCAGUGGAGAAAUGUAAAGAUCAAGACCAGCAACAACAGCAGCAGCACGGGAGCGAUCGCGAUCACAAGCAUUCGGAUCGACAGAAAAUCAACUACCUACACAGCAACGGCUCAGUUGUGACAUCCACCAUUGAAGAAAGUGGUGAAUCGACAGAUUCGCGACCGAUGCGAAGGAGAGAAAAGAAGGAGCAAGACAAAGACAGAGAAGCAGCAGAAUACCUUCAAAGACUCGAGACCGACGCGAAAAAGUUACGGUCCGAUUUGCAUUUAAGUAGGGCUAGCGAACAAGAGUUGAGACUACAGGUGGCGUCAUUGACGACAUCGGAUAAAGUGUCAAAAGGAGAAAUAUCUUCGUUACAGCGAGAUGUGGAAGAUUUACAGCAAAGGUUGCAGGGCGCCUUAAGUACAAAAUCUUCAGACAAACAAACAAUUAGUAACUUAGAGAGACGACUGGCCGAAGAAAGACGGCUCAGGUCGAAUCUUGAGUCACAGCUUAAUCAAGAAAGGAAGAAUCGCAAGCAAGAAGAAGCAAGAGCAGCACAGGUUGCGGCUCAGCAGUCUUCUAGGGGCGAAUGCACGGACGCGUGCAAAGCGCGUAGACGUGAACUGGAAUCGGAGCUGUCCGAUGUUCGGGCUUCCAAACACUGGCAGGACGACCGGGUGCAGGCACUCGAAAGGGACAAUGCGACGCUUAGCGAGCAGAUUCGCGACACCGAUCUGCUGAUGUCUGCGCUGUCCGCCAUGCAGGAGAAGAACACCCAUUUGGAGAACUCGCUGUCGGCGGAGAAUCGUAUCAAGUUAGAUCUGUUUAGCGCUUUGGGAGAGGCCAAAAGACAGAUCGAGCUCAGAGAGAGUUCGAAUCGAGCUCAAGAAAAGGAAAUCGAAGAGCUAAAAAGUAAGAUAGCGCAAGUGCUGGCGGUGAUGCCGAACGACUCGUUCAGCAGCCCGACAUCGGGAGGCACCAACAUUUCCAGAGUACGUUUGGCCGAGAGUCCCCCCUCGAAUCUCGACCCCAACGCGACGGCCUACACUCCCAAGGGUUCCCUCGUCGCUUCUACGGAAGCCUAGUUUUACCCGACUUAACCCAUUUUUCGUAGACUAGACGUCUUAGAUCAAAAAACGUACAUUCUUAAGUUGUGCUGAUAAAAAUCCAGUUAGGACCGUUCUGAUUGAAAUUUUUAUUCGGUGGUAUUGGGUUCUACUAUCAGUUUUUUUUAUUGGUAGGUGACUAAUAAAUUAUACAUAUUUCGGUGGGUGUUAAAUAUUUUGUUUACUGUAUUGAAAAUAUUUUUUUGUAAAUUGCCAGCAAAAUUAUUUCUAUAACAUUUUUUUUGGUCCGCGUAUUUUUACAUUUGAUAAUUUCCUAGUACUAGGAAUUCGAGAAAAGUAUUCAAAAAAGUGUACAAAUAGGUGUUAGAAUGUGAGAUAAGCUUGAUCUAGUUUGUGUAGUCUUUAAGAAAUAAGCCAGGCUUAAAAUUACAUUUUUCCAUUAAGCCAUAUUAAGCUUAACUUGUUUCUUAACGAUAAGCAGUGUAUAUUGCCCUAAUACCUACUUCUAUACUU